UGGCAAUACCGCUCCAGCCGCCAUAUUGGGGUGCAACGCACGGAUGGCCCAACCCGGAAACGAGAGAAAGGUCUAUGAUUGCGGCAAGAUUAUCGAGAUUCAAUGUUGAAAGCGCAUUGGAGGUUGUUCAUCUUUACCGUAGACAUACACGGAGGUUAGCGGAAAGCAGCCUCCUGGCCGCUCAAAGGUUCCCAGUUGCAUGUGACGGUCACUUGUUAGCCAGGCCAAGAGGAGUAGCAGCCUGUCCACACCGACACAGCCCAGUCCUAUUCUAUUCAACUACAGGCUCCAGUAUGAGUAGUAAGAAGCUGCUGGUGGAUGUGGACUGUGGGGUGGAUGAUGCUCAGGCUAUCAUGAUGGCACUGUCCACCCCUUAUGUAGAGGUCCUGGGCAUCACCUGUGUCCAUGGCAACACCAAUGUGGAGAACGUGUGCAAGAACACGCUGCGGGUGCUCCAAGUCUGCAACAGACUGGAGAUCCCUGUAUUCCGUGGUGCUGCCAAGCCUAUCCUGGGGAAUGUGAUCAGUGCGGGAAACUUCCAUGGCCAGGACGGGCUGGGGGAUGCUCCAGACCCAAACGCUCCGGGGCUGGACAUGCUGCAGAUGGAAGGAGCGGUAUCUGCACUGAUCCGGAUAGUCAACGAAAACCCUGGAGAGGUAUCUCUGGUGGCCACAGCUCCCCUCACCAACCUAGCUCUGGCUGUAAGAAUGGAGCCAUCCUUCCCCAGCAAACUUAAAGGCCUUUACAUCAUGGGAGGCAACACAGAGUCCAGAGGAAACACCACAGUGUGUGCAGAGUUUAACUUCGCUGCCGACCCGGAAGCAGCUUACAUCGUACUGAAUGACUUCCUGUGUCCCACUUACAUAGCCAGCUGGGAGUUCACCUGCUACAGCAAGCUGCCCUGGUCGUGGUGUGAUGACUGGCUGGCCCAGGAGUCAGAGAAGGCUCGCUUCAUGGCCCGGAUCUUCCGCCACAGUAUGGAAGAGUCGAACAGCGAGCGCUUCCAGGCGGAGAUGGUUUACGGCAUGGGCUUUGUGUCAUGUGACUCCUACGCCAUGGCGGCAGCCAUCGACAACACCUUUGUCACCGAGAGCGACCACAUGGCGGUGAGCGUGGAGCUGACGGGCACACACACGCGUGGCAUGAUGAUCCUGGACACGCUGGGCAUGCUGAAGAAGACUCACAAGGCCUUCGUCAUGAAGAAGGUGAACAUGGUGAGGUUUGAGCAGAUGAUGAUGGACGCUCUGAAGUAAUCUCUAGGUCUGCUACAGCUAACCACGAGACUGUAGAAGUAAACUAACCACUACACGUGAGCAGAUGAUGAUGGAUGCUCUGAAGUAAUCUCUAGGCCUGCUACAGCUAACCACGAGACUGUAGAAGUAAACUAACCACUACACGUGAGCAGAUGAUGAUGGAUGCUCUGAAGUAAUCUCUAGGUCUGCUACAGCUAACCACUAGACUGUAGAAGUAGACAAACAACUAUGAGAACGCUCUAUGGGACCGUAACCAGGGAAAAGGGACAACUCCAACCUCAUCCAGUCACCCCAAGACCGUGGACGUCAAGGCAGCCCUCAACACCUCUCUGAUUGAGAGGUUGGGUUAGAUGUGGAAGACACAUUUCGGUUAAAUGCAUUCAGUUGUGCAACUCUUUUCCCUUUUACUGUAUUGUCAGCUCACGCUGAUGUCAAGAAUCAUGCCUUGUCAUUUAGAUAAACAUUUUUAAAUAAAUCGAUUGAAUUACAACUCA